AUGUCUACGCGCCUCAAUUUUUAUCUCGACAAUAUAAUUGAAGAUUGGACGUGCCUCAACGUGAUAGGCUUUUACCGUACAAAAGUAGAACAAAAGGGUUUGAAAAAAGCGCUGGGUUUUAUACAUAAAGAUCUUCGAGAUAUUGCAAAUUCUAUUCCUGGAUUUGACGCGACAAGGAAGAAAAAAGCUCAGGAAAUUCUCGCAAGCUGGGACUUUAGUUCUCCAUGCAAAACUAAAUCUGAAAAAAGAACGAGAAGUGGGAGAGUAGUUGUACCGGAUUAUCGUGGAUUACUUACAGGUACGGAUGUCGGGAUUUCCUCCAAAAAAACUACAUACACAGAUGAAAACCCCUCUCAAGAAAACGAAGAGGAAGCAACGACCGAGUAUUCUUUUGAAAAUCUCUCCCAAGGAAAUGAUGAGAAAAGAACUAUUCAAGAUGAUAUUAUAGCAGACAUCUUAGGAAAUACUGAACGCUCAAACGCAUCAAAAGAAAUUUUUACGAUUUAUAAAGCGCAAUACCCUGAUGGCGAUCUAAUUGACCUCCGACUGAAAUCGCCCUUCUUAAAAAAACUUUCAAGGCAAAUAGCAACAUCGUAUCUAACGGAAAUGGAUACCAUGACAGAGACGUUGGUCCCCGCAAAUGUUCAUGAAUUUCUCGUAAUUUUUUUUUCACAAAGCUUAACAACCGAGGAGUGGAAUUACCAAAUCGAUGAUUUAAAAGCACCAGAAAAAGAUGAUUUUAUAAUGAAUGCAGUGGUACGAAUUUUACGUCGUACAUUGCCACAAUUUAUUAAGGCAUCUUCACUCGAAGAACAGAACCCACUUUUAAAUAUUGCCACAAUAGAACAUGCGCAUCUUAAUGCUUUCGUUCACCCAUGUCUUGACGCUUCUUUAUGGUACAUUACAGGUAUACAUUAUGAUUAUGGCGAGAUCCCAUCAAAAAAUUACACUAAUGGUAAUCGUGUUAAUGGAGCUGGUUACAUGAUAGAUUCUGAUAAGUAUCAGCUUAUUUAUGUUGAAGGCUCGAGACCAGUAACAAAAGAUAAAAAGGAAAUCGAUGAUGUCAAAAAAAUAACAGAAAACUUAAAGAAUAUAUUCGCGAAUAUUGUAAAGGAAACAAUCAAAAGCAGGCAACGUUUACCAAAGAAGUUGUACGUAUUCGGUGGCCAGAGUUUUCGUCUUCGGAUAUAUUUAUAUUUUCUUGAUCAUUGUGGAACGUAUAGAUUAAACGAGAUUGAUAAUGCCAAUCUUCCUCGGAAAUUUUCUGAAAUGAAAUAUUUCGUUUAUUUCUAUGAAUGUGUAUUAAAAUGGGCGCUAUUGGUUCGUGGUGUUACAGCAUCCUUUGAUGAUGCAAGAGCUGAACAAAGACCUUCGCGACUUUC